CAUGCACGCACGCCACAACGCCACAAUCUCACUUCAGGAUACAACCGACAGACUCCGCACUCUGCGCAUCUUGACCUAAUAGCUGUGUGUGUUUGUGUGUGUGUUUGUGUGUGUGCGUGCGUGCGUGCGUGUAUGUUUGGAAAGCAGACUGAUUCCGAUUUUGUGAAAUCUUGUGAAAGUCGGUGGGGCUGCACCGCUCCACAUUUUUGCGCAACUAUUUUCAUUUAUCCCUCGUCACAGAUAUUAGCUGAAGAAAACCAUGAUCCGAGAUUGUUUCUGCAUUCGGCGCGCGCUUUGGAUCGCUGCUCGUUCCGGACUGUUAAAGCGGUGCUGAAAACCGCUGCGCUCUGUUUGUAUAACUUUGAUCGCGGUGGUUACAGGCGAUCACUGAAGUCUAAAACUCUCUCCUCUGUCGGACUCAUGGCUCUGUGGAGAAUGGAACUGAUCAGACUCUAUUUGCUCCAGCUGGCUGUAAUAGGAGUGCCCUGGCUGGUGUCAGCGGGGCAGUGGGACUGUCUGACUGCAGGCGAUUCAUGCUCCAGUGAUGAGGCUUGCAGUCCACGACUACGAACCCUGCGUCAGUGUGUGGCAGGUGGAGGGAGUGUGAAGCUGGGCCCAGGGGCUCGAAAUCACUGCGAGAAUGCGGUGACUGCUCUGCUAGCCAGUCCCCUCCACCGCUGCCAGUGUAAACGUGGAAUGAAAAGAGAGAAGAACUGCCUCAGCAUCUACUGGAGCCUCAAGCAGUCUGUAAUACACGGACUGAAUCUUGUAGAGAGUUACCCAUAUGAGCCUGUGGAAAGAGGGUUUGAUUAUGUUCGACUGGCUUCCAUUGCUGCAGAGUCUGAGGCAGGUAUGGCGACGGUGAAUCAUUGUCUGGAUGCAGCUAAAGCCUGCAAUGUGGAUGACACAUGCCAGAAGCUGCGCACAGAGUAUGUGUCGGCCUGCAUCGCCCCAUCAGUGAGAGCGGGGGCUUGUAAUCGCAUGCGCUGCAACAAAGCCCUGCGAAAGUUCUUUGACCGUGUGCCACCUGACUACACACACGAGCUGCUGUUCUGCCCGUGCUCAGACACAGCAUGCUCUGAGCGCCGCCGCCAGACCAUCGUCCCUGCGUGCUCAUACGAGGAAAGAGAAAAACCCAACUGCCUGACUCAGCUCAGCAGCUGUGAGGAUGACCUUGUGUGCAAAUCUCGUUGGGCCCAGUUCAAGCAUGACUGCCAGCCCUCAGAGCUCACUGCCAGCGGCUGCCAGCAAGAGAACUAUGGGGCCUGCCUCGUUGCCUACACUGGUCUGAUAGGAACCACUAUCACCCCAAACUAUCUGGAUAACUCCACAUCUAAUGUGGGGCCGUGGUGCUCGUGUGCAGCCAGUGGGAAUCACAGGGAGCAGUGCUAUGACUUCUUGAUCCAUUUCCAUGACAACAUCUGUCUCAAAAAUGCUAUCCUCGCCUUUGGCAAUGACACUGACUCCAAAACUGCAGCUAACCAGCCAGGAUCAGCUAGUCCAAGGACCAACACUCCCAAUCAACACCUAGCUACCAGUACCAUAACCACCACCAUCAUCUCAAUUAACGCGGAGAGCCAGCAGAAUAUUUUUCAUCCACAAAUCCCCACCCAGAUGAACGAGAGAGACAGACUUCUGAGUGACUCUACCCUCCCAUUACCUGAUCUGUACGACAGCAGCCCUGGAUGCACUGACCUGGCCAUGACAGCUUUUCUCCCCACCAUCCUGUUGCUGGCUUUUCAUUUCUAGAAUCAAGCCAGCCAAUCACAGCUCAGCAGCAUGGAGUUGGGUAGGGACAGUGUGUGAUGGCUUUUCAUCAAACCCCUCUGGUGAGAAAAUAGACAAAUGAAUAUAAGAGCACAAAAAGAGAGAACUAUCCAAAAAAGACUACGACCCAAGUUUCCAGCCCACAAUGUGAAGUAGUGGUUUAUUUUCUGAGCACAGUUCUAUGACUGAUACCCGAGACUGAACUGCAGUGAAGAGUGUGUAUAUGUGUUAUGUAUGUGUGUAUAUCUAUGUAUAAAACUUUCUAUGAAGGCCUGUGUUUAAAAAAAAACAAAAACAAAAAAAAAAUGAAAUAACUUUGUGGCUUAUCAUGUAGUCCUUAAUCAUUAUUAUUUCAAUACCUAUUUUUUUUAAAUACAGUGAUUUUGGUACAUCAGUAUUGAUGAAUCGGGUCCGUUCUGCAGCAUGCAUGAGGGACAACACAUAGUGAUGAUUGUCAUUCAGGAGCUGUAAUCAUUCACUGUGUGUUUAUGGUGAUGAUGACUCUUCACAGAAAGAUCGCAGGGAUGUUUAAAUAAUAUGACGUGCUUUAUUUUUGUAAUGUGUUGAAAAUGUUCAUAUAUCAUUAGUGAUAUCCUCUUGUUACAGUCAUGAUUUUUGUCUUCGGUGAUGUCUGCAAACACACCAUUGCUUUAACCUCAGACUUAAUGAACUGCCAUGUGUUUGAUCUAUUAUGCGAAUUAUGAGUGGAAAAUCACUUUUUUGUUUUUCAUCGAAUGCUCUAUAGCCCACACAUCCUGGGAUACAACACAAAAGUUUACACCGAACUGCUAGUUUAGUUUAUAAACCUAUUUCCCACCUUCACACACACAAAACCUUCUGCUAAGCUAUAUGUCAUGUUCCCGGCUACCAAACAGCAACAUUUACUGUUCUGUUAAACAGUGCAUACAUUAAAUGUGUGACCAGGGUGGCUACUGCGGCAUGAUUGGUGUUGCUAGACAUGAUAGAUACUCAUCUCACAAAUGGAUCUAGUCCUGGGUUUGUCAACACUGGUUUAUCGAGAAUUGUGUGAAAUGCAAAACAACUAUGAGUGAUUAGAUCUACCCAGUGUGUUCAUCCACGGGAUCUCUACGGAGAUUUCUGAGAAUCUUUCAAGCAAACAGACAAGCCACAGCAACAAAUCCUCCACUUACCAGCUACAACUGUCAAAGACCAACAGCAAAGGCAAAGAUGGCACAUCACGAGUCAAAAUUGGAACUCUGAGGACUGGAAUUUUUUUUCUUGUCAAAUAAAGCCAGGUUAUUUUCGCAUCAUGAUGCACUGUCGGAGGAUCAGAUUGAGAAUAACAUGAUUCUACAGAUGCUUUCAGUCUCAUAACCUAUCAUAUAACACAGCUCAUGUUGUUGCUGAAUGGCUCCAGGAAAAUGAGAGCAAAUUUUUAUUGCUUCAGUGGCCUACACAAUCCCCAGUCCUCAACAGCAAGACUGAGGCGCCACACGCUACUAGGUACUUAAUGAUCAGGCAACACAGUGGCAUUGAGAAAGCCUUUUAAACAUGAUUGUUUUUAAAGAAGGUCCACAAGAAUUAGUCACACAAAUAAUUUCUAUUACAUGACAGCAUCACUUCUCUCAGCUUUUGGAUGUCAUUAUCCACUUUCACACACUGGCAAAACACAAGCACUUAAAACACUUACACUUGGCUGCAUGGACUCCGGACGUCAGUGCCUGUGGAUGUGGAAAUCUAAAGACCAUCAGCAGCCAAUGGAAAAUGAAGCACAGCUCAACAAAGUGAAAGCUAAUGUGUAUUUGAUAUGCAGGAGCCAUAUUUCUUUUCAUUUUUUGCUUACUGCAAAAUGUAUUGACCAAUCAUCUUCUUGGGACACAAAGGAUAUGGUGUUGGCAAGUGGCAGGGUUUGUUUAAUAUAAUUGUAAUUUCUUGAAAAAUAAAGCUGCCAUAUGAAGAUGUACAAACUGCAUCAAGCGUGUUUUCAAAGUUACAUUUUAGACUUCAGCAUACAAUGUGAGAAUGAUGAAAAAAGAAUAGAGGAAAAAGAGCUAACACCCAUUUUCUUGUUCUUGAUGUUGUUGCUGAAGUCUAACCUUUGCAUAGCCUUCUGUCUGUAGCUGGGCUGAAUGUGUCUCCAGGCUAUGGGUCAGCAAACACUGCUGUACUUUAGCUCUGGCCAGCAACAAACAACAGCUAAACAGUCAAAUAAAAAACAAGUACAGUACACGCUAUUGCAUCUAUUCCCUUAAUGCUUAUAUUGUGAAAUUGUUUAAAUGUAGUUCUUUCUGUCUUAUGUGGCCUGCAUGUCCAUAUUCCAAACCCUCAGUAGUUGAUAGCUACCUUCUGAAUGCAAGGCAGGAAACAUGACUAUCUUUGGAGGAAGCAUGAUGGAGCAUCAUUUGCACAAUUCGAAGAUUAAAGCUACUACUCUGCAUUAGCAGGAUAAGACUAAGAUGUAAUUUUGUCCAUAUUUCAAGGCAGCAUUUCAUAUAUACUUUUGGAUGAAGGUGGGUCCAUAAUUCUGUCCAGAAGUAACUCCAUGCAAAAUUUGAAAGAAAAAACAGACAGAGCAGCCUCUCUGAAUGAAGAAAGAAAAGCAGUCAGCUAAACUCCCACCUUUUAUAGCUGAAACCGACAGCAAGUGUGAAAUUUAAAACAACAAACAAAAAUACUGUAAAUGAAACAAGAAAUUAAUCAUUAACAAUAACUGCCCUACUUUUUGAAUUUCCAGUCCCUGAAUAGCAAGACGCCAAUCAGAAAUCUUUAGAUAUAUCAGCCAUGAUUACAUUUGUAAGCCUGCCAAAAUAAUACAUCAUUAGGUAGCUAUAUUAAAUAAAGCAUAAUGAGAUCGAUUUCUUUUAAACUUGAAAGCAUAGUGUCACCUCAAACAACGUAACAGUACAGAUGUUGGAAAUUCUGACCGAAUAUACUGUAUUAUUCAGUUGAACGUCGGUUUUCCAUAUUAACAGUAAUAUCACUCUGCUAGCUGCCACCUUACUGCCAAUGCUUUACAAUAUGGUUUCAUAAUUUUUGUGUAAGUACUCACACUUAACAUAUCAGUAAUUAAUCUUUUACCAUUUUACUAAUAACUAUACUGUAAAAAACUACUUGUUGAGUAAAGUGUAAUGAUAAAAAGUUAUUAAUAUUGAAUUUCUAUGCAGCCUGAAGUGAUUUUGAACCACUGUAUGGUAUCCAAUUAAGAUCGUCUGUUCAUCAUUAAGACUGUCUACUGUGUUGACAAAACUGUAACAACUUGUUACCCAAUUAAAUAAUAAAAGGUAAAGGAUUGAUUAUAUCAUUUUACAGUAAUAAAUGCUUCUAUAAUGACAGGGUAAGUGUACUGAUACAUGUAGAUAACACAGAGGUUCAACUCCUUAUGGCUAUUACGGUUUAACUAAUAAUAAAUUACAAUGCAGACCAAACCAUAGUGAGUUACUAUAAAAUAAUAAAAUCAGUGUUUUUACCUUUACUAUUAAAUCACUAGCAACUAAUAUCCAGAAUCAGAUAAGAAGUUGUUAAAGUUUUCUUAGCAUAGUAGUGAUGGACAGACAAUCUUAAUUAGAUACCAUUCAGUGGUUCAAAGUCGAUAACAAGACUUUUUGGCUUUGUCUGCAUGGACAUAUAAUAUUAGAAACUAACUCAUUACAAUUUAGUCACACUGCUGGUUUAUUACAGUGAUUAGUAUUUUUACAUUACAUUUCUGGCACUGGGCAGAUGCCCUUAUCCACAGGGCAUACACUUGACCUCAUUUUGUGUUGCUGAGGGUUAAAAGCCUUGCUCAAGGGCCCAGCAGUGGCAGCUUAGUGGACCUAGAGUUCAAACUUCCAACCUUCUUAGCUGUAGUCCAACAGCUCAACCACUAAGCUACACAUUUAUUAAAGUGCUACAGUGAUGACACUCAAUUACAUUCUGCCAAGUUAUUAUUUAAACAUUAAUUAAUUAAGAAACCAUAUUGCAAAAUUUGCCAUCUUUUCUUUUUUAUGAUUGAUUAUAGUGAAAGUCUAAACACUGAAAUAAAGUAAGCUGUGAUUUAAGAAUUCAAGAAUCAAAAAAAAUUCUUUCUAUUACUUUUUGUUAGUUAGGUACUAUACUUUAGUUUUGCCCUUCCUAUAUAACUUCCUAUAACAAAAGGUGUGAGAUUUUUAAAUCUGGGACAGUUUUGUUGGUAAAGGCCAUUAAAAUCGCACUUGGGAGAAGUUUUAGAUACUUGGUGGGAAAAGUGUGAAUAAAUGUAUGCACAGUAGCUUCCUAGCUGAAGUUAGUUCUUUAGCUAGAAGUCUACAUUGUUAAACUUAAAAAUCUGUCAGUGCCUGAAAACUAGUAGUCUGGAUUCCAUUAACAUGGCUAAUCCUAGAAGAACAAGUAUAGUGAGUAAAUAUUCCAUGCACAUGGAGUUUUGGAAUAAUUUAAAUGUUGCCUAUUAUGUACAUUUGCUGGUUGAGUAAUAAGGAAGCUGCUUAUAGACUAGAACACUAUGUUCAUCUUCAAUCCCAAAAUAGUCCAGGUUUUAGUCAGUUACACAAGAGUUUAUUUUUGAUUUUUGGACCAACUAUUCACAUUAAAUAAAAUAAAAACUGCCUGUGUGUAGUACAUGCCUUAGAGUUUGCCAAAAUGUUCUAAAGUUAAUUUUUUUUCUACACAAACUUGCUUAUUUGGGAAUAGAACAGGCUUCUUUCUAUUUCCUGCUGUCAACUGCAAUACAAUGUAACAUGAAAGCAGAAGACAACUGAAUAGCAAACGAAUAAAAAAAACAACAAUCUGAUGAUAUACGGUAUGAAUGAGAAUACAGCAAGCCUUGAAAUAAACAUCUAGUAAGAGUCAGCUAGUGGUGAUGUUUUGCAACAUGAAUAAUCUUUGAUGUAAUUAACACAUCAAUCAUCACAUCAAUUUAACAAUACAAUUUCCAUCCUCAUUAUUCCGCAGCAAAAUAGGACUUAUAUCCAGCACAUCGAAUUAGAAAAUUUUGCACAAUGAAUUAGAAGUUGAGAAGAAUGUAUGAUGUUUAGGCAUGGGAUAAAAUGCUGUAUGUACUGGAGAGAGUUGCAGCAAGUGAUGGACAGGAUGUGAAAUGUUAUAUAGUGCAUGGCGUCACAAAAUCAAAGCAUUUGUGUGAAUUAACUAGUAUGUACAUGAUUAUAUUUUAAUGUGCUAUUGUUAUUUGGUUAAUUUUAUUUUUAAUUAAAGUAUAAGCUGUCCAAGGACUCAUCUGCUAUGGUUGUUGUGCAUAAUAUUUUUCAUGGACUUCACAGACACAAUGCAAUUAAUUAAUUUCAGCAUUAUGGUUGAACAAUGAAUUGUUGUAAACUGAUACUGCUCCUUAUUACUUCUCAAAUAAAAUCAACAUAAGCUCAA